CGCCAUCCCAUCGGAGCCAAUCAUUAUGCAGUCUCGCGCACAAGCAGGACCUUCCAAACCCGCCCGUCGGGCAUCAAAUUCCUCCUCCAUCUCGGCGUCAUCCCUGAUCGACGACCUGGAUGAAGCAGCAGAGAAGGACGAUUUCGACUGGAAAGGGUUGAGGGAAAGGCGAUUAGAAGCUCUCAAAGCUGAAGUCAAGCGGAACGAGGCGUCCAAGGAUGACCGGCACGGACGGUUGACCGAGGUUACCAACGAAAAGGAGCUCAUCUCCACCAGCGCAAAGCAGCGGUACUGCUUGAUCCACUUUUUCCACCGGAAUUUCACCCGAUGUGCGAUCAUGGAUAAACACCUGAACGCACUGGCAGACAAACACCGACAUACCUUGUUCCUCCGUGCGAACGUCGAGAACGCGCCCUUCUUGACGACAAGGCUUGGGGUCAAGGUGUUACCCUGCGUAGUGUGUUUCGUGGACGGGAACGCUGUCGACAGGCUUGUUGGGUUUGACGACCUAGGGAAUUCGGAUUCAUUCCCUACAAAGACCCUGGAAGCUAGGCUAGCUCGAUCGGGUGUAUUACCUCCUCCUGGCCAGGUAGAUCUCCUACAAGCCAAGCUCGCACAACGAAAAGCAGGUUCGGACGAGAGCGACCAGGAGGACGAUGAUGAUGCCGCCCGGGACAAGGCAGGACGAAGAAAGAUCGUGCGAAGUGUCCGAGGGGGACAGGCACGAAGACAGCGUGAUGACGAUGACGACGAGUGGUCGUGAAAGGGUAUUAAUCAGCUACUGGAUAUGCUACAAAUGGAGUUCAUUGCCACAGACAAGCUCGUCAUACGAUCAAGAG